AGUCCAGAAAACGCUGCCGUUCUGACCAUGGGAUACACGUGGCAAACCGUUCACUCCUUCCUCAGCCUUCUUCCUCUUAAGCGCGAAAGGAACUGUGAGACGCCAAGCAGAUUUUCGUCGUCCAUGGCGAGUCGCUCGAUUAUCCCCCAUCUCAAACGCAAUGGCGGCGAUAAGCUUGCCGGCGCCACGUGGCGGCGGAUAAUAAAUUCAGGUGCUUCCCCAGGUUACGCGGUGGAGAAGCCACGUGUAAAAACUGCUAUUGCUAGUAGCAGGGUAAGUCUAAAGAGGAGCAUUCUGAGGUUGAAAUCACCGACGGAAAGCACAACGACGGUGCUCCAAAAUUGGGCGGAUUCGGGUCACAAGGUUGAAAUUUCGGAUCUCCGGUACAUUUCCAAUAUUCUCCUCAAAACUAGUUGCUACAAUCAGGCGCUCGAGAUGUGGACAUGGAUGGAAACUCAGAAAGGUUUACAAAUCUCAGCUGCUGAUCAUGCCAAUAAAUUGGAAUUACUCAUCAAGGUCCGGGGUUUAAUGGCAGCUGAAGAAUACUUCGAUCGUCUACCCAACACUGCUUCACAGAAAGCAGCCUGUCUUCCUCUUCUUAAUGGUUAUGUAAAAGAAAGAAACGUUGGAAAAGCUGAGGCUUUCAUGAGUAAGCUGACUGGCUUGGGGCUGACCCUGGGCCCCUAUCUAUUUAUUGAAAUGAUGAAGCUGUACAUGGCAACAUGUCAGUAUGAUAAAGUACCUCUGGUUAUUAUGCAAAUGACACGAAACAAAAUACCCAAAUAUGCACAAUCCUACAACCUUUGGAUGGAUGCUUGUGCCAAAGCAUCUGGGGUUGCAGAAGCAGAGGCCGUCUACAGAGAAAUGCUGAGUGAUGAGAAUGCCAAAGUGGGGUGGUCCACACUAUCUACUUUAGCUAAUAUUUAUGUCAAAGCAGGGCUUGUUGAGAAAGCAGUUGCUGCACUAAAAAAUGCAGAAGCAAAGCUGUCUACAAAUAACCGCUUUGGUUAUAUCUUCCUUAUGACUCAAUAUACAUCUUUGAACAGUAAGGAUGACGUUAUUCGGCUAUGGGAUGCCAGUAAAGCAGUAGGUAAGAGACUGAGUUGUGCCAAUUAUAUGUGCAUAUUGUCGUGCUUGGUUAAGCUAGGUGAUCUAGUACAAGCUGAGAGGGUGUUUAUGGAAUGGGAGUCCAACCGUCAGAAGUAUGAUAUUAGAGUCUCCAAUGUCCUUUUAGGUGCUUACAUGCGGAAUGGUUGGGUGGAAAAAGCCGAGUCAUUGUAUAUCCGCUCAUUGAAGAAAGGUGGGUGUCCCAAUUACAAGACAUGGGAAAUUCUAAUGGAGGGGUGGGUGAGAAGCCAUAAGAUGGUAAAGGCCAUCAAUGCUAUGAAGGAAGGGUUCGCAAUGUUAAAAGAUUGUCAUUGGAGACCAUCCCAGAGUAUUCUUGUGGCCAUUGCUGAGUACCUUGAGAAGCAAGGGAAAUUGGAAGAUGCGACCAACUUUAUUAGAGAUAUUCAGGAUAUGGGUCUUGCAAGUUCACCAAUAUAUAAAUCAUUGCUUAGAAUCCACCUUUCUGCCAAGAGACCAGCUAAUGACAUCCUUGAAAUGAUGGAUAAGGAUAAAAUUGAGAUGGAUGAUGAGAUUUCUUCCCUUGUUCAAGCAAGUGAAAUUGAUUCCAGGAAUUUCAAUUUCUGCUCUGGGUCUUUGGGAUGAGAGAGAUUCUAUUAUUGAGGAAAGAAGCUGACUUAUGUUCCCCGGUAAAGAUUACCGAGGCAAAGUGAAAUGCUCUGCUUAUACUUUUUAUAAAUUUGGCAGCAUUCUUGUUUAA